AUGUCAUUCCUGACCGAGAAAUUUCCGGAGAGGGGUGCAUUGGCUGAUAUGACCCAGGCUUGUAAUUACAACACAAUGGCUCCAACAGAGGAACUUGAACCCUCUGAUAUCCUGAGAGGGUUUGAGUUGGUGAGAAACACCGUGAUCCGAAGGCCUUUCAGGACUGAGCUGCUCCUACCAAAGCUGCCGGUCUUCAGAUUAUCCAAGGAACGAACGAUAGUUACUGCUACCUUGCCCGAAACUACUAUCGACUCCUACAACUAUACAUACUAUCACGGCGACGAGGCGUAUCUGAGGCUAUAUAAAGGGUUGGCUUACACCGACGUGGUCACGGCUGGUGACCCUGCGAGUGGCUUGCCUUUACUGAUCCUGGAUUUGCGAAUCCCAUUCGUGACGAUGAGCUUGUCUGAGUUUUGCUCCGGUAGAGUGUCGCUGUCGCUUUAG